CUACAACACAGGGGUGAUCCUGCUGCUUCUAGAUAAGCUGCGGAAGAUGAAGUGGGAGCAGAUGUGGAGGCUGACUGCAGAGAGGGAGCUGAUGGGCAUGCUCUCUACGUCCUUAGCUGACCAGGACAUUUUCAACGCUGUCAUCAAACAAAACCCCUUCCUCGUGUAUCAGCUGCCCUGCUUCUGGAACGUGCAGCUGUCGGACCACACCCGCUCCGAGCAGUGCUACAGAGACGUAUCUGAUCUAAAGGUCAUUCACUGGAACUCCCCCAAGAAGCUGCGGGUGAAGAACAAGCACGUAGAGUUUUUCCGUAACCUCUACCUGACCUUCCUGGAGUACGAUGGGAACCUCCUGCGACGGGAGCUGUUCGGCUGCCCCAGUGAGGCUGACGUCAACAGCGAAAACCUCCAGAAGCAGCUCUCAGAACUGGACGAGGAUGACUUGUGUUAUGAGUUCCGGCGAGAGCGGUUCACCGUCCACCGAACCCACCUAUACUUCCUGCACUAUGAGUAUGAGCCCGCUUCAGACAACACAGACGUCACCCUGGUCGCUCAGCUCUCCAUGGACAGGCUCCAGAUGCUGGAGGCCAUCUGCAAACACUGGGAGGGGCCCGUCAGCCUGGCGCUCUACCUGUCGGACGCCGAGGCCCAGCAGUUCCUCCGCUAUGCACAGGGCUCCGAGGUGCUCAUGGGCCGCCACAACGUGGCCUACCACAUCGUGUACAAGGAGGGCCAGUUCUACCCCGUGAACCUGCUGCGCAACGUGGCCAUGAAGCACGUGGGCACGCCCUACAUGUUCCUAUCCGACAUCGACUUCCUGCCCAUGUACGGACUCUAUGAGUACCUCAGAGAAGCUCAGGGAGGCAAGGUAACCUGCUCAGGUGAGUUUGAAGGCUUAGCAUCUGAAGGAGUGAAGAGUCCCAGAGAUGGGACCACAGAUGCCCAGGUUGGCAGGCUCUCCUUCCCCAAGUCGAAGGCAGAGCUGCUGUCGAUGCUAGACAUGGGGACCCUCUUCACGUUCAGGUACCAUGUCUGGACGAAAGGCCACGCACCCACAAACUUCGCCAAGUGGCGGACUGCCACCACGCCUUACCAGGUUGAGUGGGAGGCUGAUUUCGAGCCGUAUGUUGUUGUGAGACGGGACUGCCCUGAGUAUGACCGAAGAUUUGUGGGCUUUGGCUGGAACAAGGUGGCUCACAUCAUGGAAUUAGAUGCCCAGGAGUAUGAAUUCAUCGUGCUGCCCAAUGCGUACAUGAUCCACAUGCCUCACGCCCCCAGCUUCGACAUCACCAAGUUCCGGUCCAACAAGCAAUACCGCAUCUGUCUCAAAACCCUGAAGGAAGAGUUUCAGCAGGACAUGUCCCGCCACUACGGCUUUGCUGCCCUCAAAUAUCUCACGGCCGAGAACAACAGCUAGCACCAGGAAGCCCGCCACGAGCGACAGACGUUCUGCAGGGGGGUGGAGAGCCACUUGCUGUUUGGGGCCCAGCCUUCAAACUCAAAUUGAGCAUCACUGUUAUGGUUUGUUUUUAUUUGUCUCUUUGGCCCAACUAAGCUGCCCUCAUUAUGGAGAUCUAGGACAAGGAUCCGGCCAACCCUGCUCUGGCCCAUGAUCUGUCAUUCCCAGAGCAGGGGAAAUCACCCAUCUACGAAGUCUCUCCAAGAAUGGGACAUGGAGGGUGAGAGGGAGCAAAUGGGCUAUCCUUCCACAAAGCUACACAACCCGGUCUUUGGGAUGUUUUCAUUGCUUUUUUUCCUUUUUCUUUUUUUUUUAAAGGGAAGGCAGGGUGCUGGGGGUUAUCCAUCCCAGGAAAUAAAAGCAAAAAUGUCUCUUUAUCAGAGAAAACUUUCUUCUUCGCCCUACAGUUUAACUGUGUAUCCAAAAGGAGGACAUGCCAAUGAUUGAACCAGCUAUUCGGGGAAACCCAAUGGGGACAUUGUACUUGACAGGACCUGGAGGUAGGGAUUGGUUGGCUCCUUAUCCUCAAGGUCACUCUUGUUUUGUUUUGGGGGGUUUUGUUUGUUUGUUUUGAGUCUGAGAAUCCCAAAAAUAAAACCUGAUCCUUUAAGGCUCCGAAGGAAACCAGCUGCCUCAGCUAACAUCCCUCGAUCAGCAGUGGCUCAACCAAGAAGACAGGAGUCUUCAACCAGUAUUUAAGGAUGGGUAGCCUUCUUCAGGAUGGUCCUCAAGGCCCCGUGACCUUAAAUUUCCGACUGUUCAGAAUCCAGGGACUACAGAGGACUUCGGAAGUGCAAAGACCAGCUACUGUACAGCUGGUCACGUUUCCUUUGGGCAGUGAUGAGUCAUGGGGACACGGCUUUAAAUGGAUGGUUUCUGUGCACAUGAAGGGUACGAACCUCUCAGGCCUUUAGAAGAACCUUCAUUAUUCAGUCCUGAAGAUUCAUGAGCCCGUUGGGAGAACUUUGGGAAGAAUGUACGGGGCUCCUCUGUAUUCAUGUCUGCUCUGCUGCGGCUGGGCCAAGGUCAUGACCUCAGGCUCCCUUGGGGACCCAUCCAAGGGUAGGCCAGCACCUUCACCAUCACACAGACUGACGGGACACUGGACUUUUUACCCAUUUUCUUGAAUCUUCAAUAUUAAUGUUGUGUUUACAUUGAUGAGAACAAGAGUCAGGGCCCCUCUCUCUGCCGGGCUGUCUGUAUUGAGUUGCAGUGUGACCAGCAGGCGCUGCAUCAAUAAAUGAAAGUACAGACUGUUUCUUCCUCACUCCCCUUCCACUCUCCUAAGGACCUGCCAGAAACACUUCAGUGUAGAGAGCAAAGUCGAUAAACAGCAACUUUACACUUCUGUCCU